GAUCUAGAAAGUGUUAACAACGGUACAAAGUUUCAUGUCAUUUGGACAAAGAGAAUAUUUUUUUUUAUUUGAGCAAACGUCGUUUGGGGUCUAAAAAGACCCCAAAGACCCUAUAAGGGCUAGAGGACCCUGUGGAAAAUGAGGAAGAGAUCCUGUAUUUUAUUAAGUGUUUAUUAGGUGCUGAAGUUCAGAAGUACAUCAUGAUUCUGUUCACACGUGGAGAUCUGCUGGAGGAACUGGAUGAACCGCAGACUAUUGAUGAAAAUCUACAAAACCAUGCAGAUCAUAUUCAAACUCUUUAAUGUCAAUGCAACACUGAUCAAAAAAAUGCAGUUGAGAUUUAAAACAGCACAUUUAUGUGCUUUGAUUUUUCUGUUGUAGUUUCAGGAGAGAAACCAGCUGAAGAUCCAGAUGAGAUUGAUGUGAUUCCUGAGAGAAAAGACCAGAUCAGGCUGGUUCUGCUUGGAAAAACUGGAUCUGGGAAAAGUGCAACUGGAAACACCAUCAUCGGCAGAAACGUGUUUCAGUCCUUCACAAGCUCAAUCUCUCAAACGAAACAGUGCAGUUUAGAAACUACAGUGAGGUUUGGUAAGAAGAUCUCAGUGAUUGACACACCUGGACUUUAUGAUAAUGUACUCAGUGAGGAGGAUGUUAUAAAAGAAACAGUUAAAUGUGUAACGUUCGCUUCUCCUGGACCACACGCUUUUAUUAUUGUGAUUAAAGUGGGUCGAUUCACUGAGGAGAAUAAAAAAACAGUGGAGAAACUUAAAGAAGCAUUUGGAGAACAGAUACUAAAAUACACCAUGAUCAUCUUCACUCACAAAGAUCAGUUAAAGAAAGACAAUAAAACCAUUAACCAGUUUCUACAGGAAAGUGAUCCAGAUCUUAAAAAACUUGUACAGAGUUGUGGAAACCGAUUCAUAUGUCUGGAUAACAACGUUGCCAGUUUCCCACAGUUCAAAGAUCUGAUCAGUAAAAUAGAGACGAUGGUGGCAGAAAAUGGAGGGACGCACUUCAAAAAUGAUAUGUUUGAUGAAGCAGAGAAAUACAUUCAGGAGAUUCAGAAAAGUAACCUGCUUGAAAAAGUGAAGCAGUACAAACAGGAGCACAAAACAGCCAAUGCAACAGAAUGGAAAAAGAUAUACUGUCAUUUGGCAGAAGAGUGUCGACGUGAUGCUCUGAAGGUCAUUGUUGCUAAUGCAUAA